UUCAAAAUUUUCCUUUUUAAAUGAUAUGGCGCAAAAUAAUUGUUUUGCAAUCUAUUCAACCGGAUAUUAGGCUGACUUAUUAGACUUCAAUGUCGACAGCAUAGAUACAUACUCUAGAUACGAAAAUUUAAAAAUAAUUAACACAAUCAAUUACUUACAUUAUAUUAUAAAUAACACCCGGAGUAUUAUUAUACUACUAGUACCGGUGUAUUUUAAUUAUAUUUUUCGAAUUUUUUCCUUUUAGAUGAAAAAGAAAAUAUUCUUUUCAACAGCACAAUUUUGUGGAUGUUAUAACACUCCCUUCACACUCAGCAUCCACACACACUCCCUCACUCAUUACUGUUUCCAAAAUGGGUCAAUUUCUCAAUUCCAUCUUCUUCCUUUUCAUUUCACUUUCUUCAACCCACGUUUUUUCUUCAGAUGUAGAAGAAAUUCCCAAAACCUUCAUCUUCCGAGUUGAUUCUCAUUCCAAACCUUCAAUUUUCCCAACACAUUAUCACUGGUACACAGCUGAAUUCACAGAACAAACCCAUAUCCUUCAUGUAUACGACACCGUUUUCCAUGGCUUCUCUGCAGUUGUCACUAAACAACAAGCUGCUUCCAUAAGUAACCACCCUUCGAUCCUCGCUGUUUUCGAGGAUCGUCGCCGACAACUUCACACCACUCGUUCACCUCAGUUUCUUGGACUUCGUAACCAACGAGGUUUAUGGUCUGAGUCUGAUUACGGCUCCGAUGUAAUUGUCGGAGUUUUCGAUACCGGCAUUUGGCCUGAGCGACGAAGCUUCUCCGAUUUGAAUUUGGGUCCUAUUCCUCGUCGUUGGAAAGGGGUUUGUGAAUCUGGUGAAAAAUUUUCACCCAGAAACUGUAACAGAAAAUUGAUCGGUGCUAGAUUCUUCUCCAAGGGUCAUGAAGUUGGUGCUGGUUCUGCUGGUCCUUUGAAUCCGAUCAACGAAACAGUUGAAUUCCGAUCCCCUCGUGACGCCGACGGUCAUGGGACCCACACUGCUUCCACCGCCGCUGGCCGUUACGCUUUCCAAGCUAACAUGUCCGGUUACGCUUCCGGUAUUGCUAAAGGCGUUGCUCCGAAAGCACGGUUAGCAGUUUACAAAGUUUGCUGGAAGAAUUCCGGUUGCUUCGACUCCGAUAUCCUCGCCGCUUUCGACACAGCCGUCACCGACGGUGUUGAUGUCAUUUCCAUUUCAAUCGGCGGCGGAGAUGGUAUAGCUUCACCUUACUAUCUCGACCCAAUUGCAAUCGGAUCUUACGGCGCUGUUUCAAGAGGCGUGUUUGUUUCUUCCUCCGCCGGGAACGACGGACCAAGUGGAAUGUCAGUAACAAAUCUUGCUCCAUGGUUAACAACAGUCGGAGCAGGCACAAUCGAUCGGGAUUUUCCAGCUCAAGUAAUCAUCGGUGACGGAAGAAAAUUCUCCGGCGUAUCACUUUACUCCGGUGAAGCAUUAAAAGGUAAAAUGUAUCAAUUAGUUUACCCUGGAAAAUCCGGUGUUCUUGGUGAUUCACUUUGCAUGGAAAAUUCACUUGAUCCAAAACAAAUAAGAGGUAAAAUCGUGGUGUGUGAUAGAGGAAGUAGCCCAAGAGUAGCAAAAGGUCUUGUUGUGAAGAAAGCUGGUGGCGUUGGAAUGAUUCUCGCUAACGGAAUCUCAAACGGUGAAGGACUUGUCGGUGAUGCUCAUCUUCUUCCUGCAUGUGCCGUUGGUUCAAACGAAGGAGAUAUAAUCAAAGCUUAUAUAUCUUCUUCUGUUAAUCCAACGGCCACAAUUGAUUUCAAAGGAACUAUCCUCGGAAUUAAACCGGCACCGGUUCUCGCUUCUUUUUCGGCUAGAGGACCGAACGGUUUAAACCCACAGUUACUUAAACCGGAUUUGAUUGCUCCGGGUGUUAACAUUCUCGCGGCUUGGUCUGAUGUAGUGGGUCCCACUGGUCUAGAUUCCGAUACACGUAGAACUGAGUUCAAUAUUUUGUCUGGUACAUCAAUGGCUGCACCUCAUGUUAGUGGCGCGGCGGCGUUGUUGAAAUCUGCUCAUCCGGAUUGGAGCCCGGCCGCCGUGAGAUCCGCCAUGAUGACCACCGCUAGUGUUCUUGAUAAUAGAAAUCUCCCCAUGUUGGAUGAGGCUACUGGAAACAAAUCAACUCCUUAUGAUUUCGGGUCGGGUCAUCUUAAUUUGGGUAAUGCAAUGGAUCCUGGGUUGAUUUAUGAUAUUACUAACAGUGAUUAUGUUAAUUUUCUCUGCGCUAUUGGUUAUGAACCAAAGGUUAUUCAGGUAAUUACUCGAACACCGGAGAAUUGUCCGGCGAGGAAAGCUUCACCGGAGAAUCUGAAUUACCCGUCGUUUGUGGCUAUGUUUCCGGUGGCUUCGAGAAAAUUGGCUUCAAAGACAUUUAUAAGAACAGUGACUAACGUUGGUGUGGUGAAUUCGGUUUACCAUGUGAGUGUUGAGUCUCAGAUUAAGGGAGUAACGGUGACGGUGAGGCCUUCACGUCUAGUGUUCUCAGAGACUGUGAAGAAGAGGAGUUAUGUGGUGACGGUAAAUGCAGAUACCCGAAAUAUGAAAAUGGAUCCUUCUGGAGCAGUAUUCGGGUCACUUUCGUGGACCGAUGGUAAACAUGUUGUUCGGAGCCCCAUUGUGGUUACUCAAAUAGAACCGUUGUAGAAGAGGUUGGGUUUCGAUCAUGUUGUUUUGAUCGAUGCAAUUGGCCACGUGUAAAGUGGUACAUCUUUGAAUUGCCACAAGAAGUUGUUAUACUAGACUACAAAUAUCAUUAGUGUUUAUUUUUUCCUUUUUUUAACUUAUUAUAUAAGCCAGUGUGGAAUGACUUUGUUAAAAUAACAGGGUUGGGUUGGAUUUGUGUAACACUGUCACUGUAAUGCUUUGGUGUACUGCUCUUUUUAAACAGUUUUUCUUCGAUUUACUUCUUCAGUUUCAGUUUGUAGUACUAUGUCUAGACUUUUAGGUGUCUAGUUAUAGACCAUGAAAAAAUUAUAGGGGAUAAGUUAUCAUAAUUUGAUUUCAAUUUUACAUUUUUCUUCAAA